UAAUGCUUUAAUUUAUAACCUCACUAUAUCGAUUUCACCGAGUAUACAUAUCAAUUCGCAUGCGUAAUCAGCAUCAAGUAAGGGAGUAGGUUAGUAAUACACGAAUCGUUGGAAGAGGAGGUUAUGCUCAUGAUGUUAGCAUUAAAUUUUAACCUUUAAAUGCACCGCCAUUGCAAAAUACAUCGACAAGAGGGCACGCAAAACUGUCUUUAAAAACAACAGGGUUAAGCAAUAUCUAACUAUAUCGUGAAUUCGAUGAUAGUGGAAAAUCAUAUGCGUCAACCGGUGUUUCAAUUUUUACUUUAAUAAUUGUGCUCAAUUAAUUGAUAAAACAAACAAAAAAUCACAUCAUUAUUUUAUUGUGAUUUAUCAGUGACAUCAUUCAAAUAAUAUGGUUUAUACGAAGAACUUCACAUUUCCUUCGGACGAAGAACUGGAACAACAAGAAUUAAAUAUCAGUUAUCCGUAUAUCAAAGCUGCCGCUUUCUUUAUCGGAAAGAGAUGUGAAUGGUAUAACAAUGAGUACACAUUAUGUAGAUACGAAUUAAAAGAUCCCCGUAAGUGUCUCAAAGAAGGAAAAGAUAUAACCAACUGUGCACUUGAAGUAUUCCAAGAUAUCAAGAAAAACUGUAGAAAUGAAUUUCAAGCUCAUGUAGAUUGCAUGCUGGCAUCAUCUUUAAACGGCGAGGAGAAGUGUGGUAAGACCCAGGGGAGUUUUGAUAAAUGUAUGAAAGAAAAAUUGAAUAUAGAACGACCAUAUUAUGGAUACUUCUGUGAAGCUAAAGUACAUGAUUCACCACGGCCAAAGCCAGAGCCAAGGAAGGAACCUGUGUUUCCAAAUCGCUUACCUGAUCCAGCACCUGCACCAUAUCCUCCACCAAGACAUGGCUGGCGAGGACUAUUUGCUGAGUAAUGUCU